ACUCGGCCAUCUUAGCAACAGAUGCAGGUGUUUGUUUGCACUACAGGAUUAUUACAGUAGCAGAAAAGAAGGGGAAACAACGCAAAGAACCAAAACAAAGACCCAAGUUGCAGGAUAACGGGAUUUUGGUCAACUCGGCUAGGAACGGCAUGUUUGGCACAUUACAUUCGUUGUCGUUUGUUUCAGUUUUGAGUCGACAGCAGUCGUACAGCACUCUGCAGCCUAGAUGCUUGUUGUCUUCUUGUGAGUUUCCUUGCCACAAGAUCGUAGCCUAAGAGAUAAGCUUAAAUAGGGAUGCUUUAAGAAAAAAAAAAAAAAUGAGAUUAGCAAAAUAUUUAUGAUUUUCGUAACUUUUAUAUAUUUUUAUGUUUACAGUUUGUAGCGUGCAAAGCGGGGUGCUGUUUAUGAGUAUCGUCGUCGUAGUUAUAUACAGUGGUGAAACCUUAUCAGCGGUUAAUAGCUGAUAACUCGAAUUUAUUUAAGAAUUGUACCCUAGCUAAGGAUUUGAGAUAGGGCACUGGCGGGGAGUCAGCGCUGGCAGGACGAGUUGAUCACUGAUGAUAACCACACACUAGUGUAGAGUGAGAUCUUAACCCAGUUAAUAAUUUCAAUAAAUCGAGAGGCGACAGUCUUCAGUAACGUAAAGGGAGACAAAAAUGUCUUCGUUCUCGGAAUCGGCCCUGGAGAAGAAGUUAUCCGAACUCAGUAACUCGCAGCAGAGCGUGCAGACCCUUUCGCUGUGGAUAAUCCAUCACCGCAAGCACUCGUCAUCUAUCGUCAACGUGUGGCACAGAGAAAUGAAGAAAGCAAAAAGUAGCCGGAAGCUGACCUUCCUCUACCUGGCCAAUGAUGUGAUCCAGAACAGCAAGAGGAAAGGACCCGAGUUCACCCAGGAUUUUGAGACGGUCCUUGUGGAUGCUUGCUCCCAUGUGUCCAGGUACCGGGCUGUACUGGGAGAAGCAGACGGCGGGUGCAAGAAGCACCUGGAGCGGCUACUGACUAUCUGGCAGGAGAGGAGUGUGUAUGGGGCUGACUUCAUCCAGCAGCUCAAGCUGGCCAUCGAGGACUCCAGCAGCCCCAAGCAGAAGCCCAAGGGUAAGCAGCCCGGAGCUCGACGAACCAAACACACCCGGGAAAAGCGCAUUGAAGCAGUGGAGGAGAAGAAAGCCAUCAAGCGUGCCUACCAAAAGAUCCAGGAGGCAGAGGAGGAGGAGGAGGAGGAGGAAGACGAUGAUUACCGGGGUCACUACUCUCCGCGGGACAAUGACACCACCGCACCCCUUCUGACGGAGGAGCUGAUCAAGGCUCUGCAGGACUUGGAGAAUGCUGCUUCUGGGGACGCAGCUGUCCGACAGAAGAUCGCCUCGUUGCCCCAGGAGGUGCAGGACGUGUCCCUGCUGGAGAAAAUCACAGAUAAGGAGGCGGCCGACCAGCUGUCAAAGACGGUGGACGAGGCCUGUCUCCUCCUGGCUGAGUACAACGGACGGCUGGCGGCCGAGCUGGAGGACCGGAGGCAGCUGUCUCGCAUGCUGACCGAGUACAUCCAGAACGAGAAGGAGGUCCUGGCUGACCGGGAGAAGAAACUGGAUGAGUACAAGCAGAAGCUAGCCCGGGUAACGCAAGUCCGCAAGGAGUUGAAGUCCCACAUCCAGAGCCUUCCGGACCUCUCUCUACUGCCCAACGUCACAGGAGGUCUGGCACCUCUGCCCUCUGCUGGAGACCUCUUCAACUGAUUGAGAAUGGCCCACUUCUGCAACUCUCCUUCCAGCCCUUUCCCCCUCAGAGAUCGCCAGGCAGCAGCCCUCACCGACGGCUCACACAUCCAGCUAGGAGGCGAACUGCAAAGAUGGCUCAUGAAAGACAGUAUCUUGGAGAAUGACAUGUAAUGACUUGUUUCUGAGAAGGAAAGGGUCGAUUACCCCAACCCCCCCCCCAGCCAGAAAAGUGGAAACAAAACAAAAAAACAAUACCUGCAACUUGGAGGGGGAAUAAUUAUUUUAUCUUUUUUUUACAUAUUUUUUUUUAAUGAAAUAUCUGCCGCUGAGCCCAUGAUAUUUUUUCACAAAAAGGGUAGUAAAGGUUGUCAUCCACUUAAGUAUUUUUUUCUUUUUCAUGGUUGAGUAAUAAAGUAUGACGGCUCUCCAGUUCGAAUGGAGAGUGAGCUGGCACUGAACUGAUGCGCUGUUACUUUUUCUAGAGAUGCCAGGCGCUGGAAAGGGGGAGCAUUGUCCGUGCUAACUGGCACAGGGUUCAAAUUGAGACUUCUGUUAACUCUGUUUCUACAUGUGUACUAAUACAGUUUUACAUCACUCUGUGUGUCCCACAGUCAUGCCUAACCUUCCACUAGGAUUCCUGUGUGACGCUUUCAAUAGGGCACAGUGAACUUAAUCAGAAAGCAGUAAUUUUGUUUAUAGCAAAAAUGUAGCUCCAGCUGCAAGCACUUAAGCAUCCUUCUUCCCUUGAAGCCUGCUUUCCACUCUGCAUUGAAGAGAGAUGUUUCUGUUACUACCUGCAGCAGCAUUAGAAAUGUCACCUCUGAUGCAACUUGGAAGCAACACAGAAAUACACAACUAAUGAUGAAAGGGGUUCUUAUUAUUUGUUUUAUAGUCUCAACAAUAGAUAACAUCCUUCUAUUAUAUGUAUAUAUAAAUAAAGCUUUUAAAAGGCUCAAAGUAUUUGCUUUAGACUAUCCUGAAACAUCAUGAUCCCACGGUCCAAGAGGUGUAUGGUGGGGGCUUGGUUCUAACGCAGGUAAACCUUGAAAAUAGUGGUCCUUGGGGUCUGAUCUUGUCCACACUCUCUGUGCUUUAAUGAUAACCUGAACCUGUCUCGGUACCUUUGCCCCCAAGGUGUGAUCCAGAAUCGGAUUACACUGUUAAACUCUGUAAAGUGUUCAGUCUGGAGCCGUAGCAAUACCAGACCUCUUCGAGCAGAGGAAAGAGUGCUUAACUGGCUUUGCAUCCAGCUGACAUUGAUUCUUUAGCAUUGCUUUUAUUUGGCUUGAUAUUUGACUUGCCUGUCUAGAUUGUGGAACUGUGCGCACCCAUCGACACCAGCAUUCACUGCUUGCUGACCACGCGUGAUCUGUGACCGUGGUCAUACUUGGGUUAUGUUUUGCAAUCAUGGUUUCUUAGCCAGGCUGGAUAUGAAAUUGUGAAUGUCUGUACAAUUAGCUAUCUGUGUUAAACAGAGUUUAGGGAAGACUAAAUGCUUUUAAAGGUGGAAUGUGUUAAUACUGCUCUGUAGGAGAUACACUUUCAAAGUGAACCUCUAGUUUUAAAUUUUAGAGACAAAAAAAAAAAGACCCAGUUCAGAUUGUUUCCUUCUCUGUAGUUUAUGACAGUAAUUGAAUGCCUAUCACCCAUAUUAGUUUGAUUUUAAUGUAAGGUAGCAUCAGGUUUUAAACUUGUGUGCGUACAAGCAAAACUCUUGCUUAUUGCAGUUUGCAAAAAAUAAAUUGUCGGUUGAUUUAAAACAAAAAUGUUUGUAGUUACAUCCAUAUUUGAGGGAGCUAAAUAUCUGUUUUUAUGCUGAACAGACAAAGGCUGUCAAAACAGUAACUUUAAAAAUAAAAAAUUAAAACUAAAUAAAUAACCACAUAUAAAAACCACAUGUUUUGUUCUGGUAUGCAGUGUCGGUGCAAGUACAUCACCACUAGAGGAUAGACUCAUUUUUUGUUAGGUUGCGGGGUUGUAACUAGUAGUCCUUUUCACACUGGAUUUGCAUAAGCUUGAGACUGCCCAAAGGUGAAACUUCCGGGUGGAAUGCGUAGUAAAAGCACAAGUCAUAUCUUUACAUGAAAGGAUAGCUCCUGCAAAUAUUGAAUGUGCAAACAGUUAAAAUAAAGGCGGACAGCAUAUACUACUUAUUCACUAUUUUAGUUGGGUACUUUCAUUCUGUUGUGUUUUUAUUAUUAAGUGCUAUCUGGGUUUGGGUCUCUGUUUUUGAAUCGCAAGCAGUUACAGAAAUAGUUUCAGACUAUCGAAUACGUUAUUUAAAAACAGAAAGAUUGUGUUUUGUCUGAAUCCUCUGGCUUUAUUGCAGAUAAAUAAUUUGUAUUUAACCCAUUGCUUGCUGCAUUGUGCAAACCCAAAUUCUGGUGUUUAUGGUGUUGACAGCGACAGUGCAGUUUGAUUCCAAUGAUGAUGUGCUGUCAGCUGUGGACAUAACAUUCCACUGUCUAUUGUCCAGCAAAAGAGAUGGGUCUGGGCUGGAGGUUUUUGUUUUAAUGUAUUUUUGCAUUCCAUACCAAUUUUUUUCUACAGGCCCUGUGUUUUUAGAAAAUUGCCCAACGUACUUUGAACUUUUUCUAAAUUCAUUUGCUUAUGCAUUCCCCCAAGCCCCACCCCACCCCCACUGUCUUCCCAGCGACAGCGAGUGGAAGCUACAGCAAGUGGGAGAA